AUGAUCAUGAAGGAAGGUAUCCUAUGUGGUGGAUCAUCAGGUUCCAAUGUUCACGCGGCUCUUGAGGUUGCUCGCGGUCUUCCAGCUGAUAAAAAUGUUGUUGCUAUUCUUCCUGAUGGGAUUAGAAACUAUUUACAAUGUUAUGAAACAUAA